AAACACUGACCGUACUGCGCAGAACCGGAAGUGGAGAGCAGAUCCGGUUAAACAGCAGUGACGAUGGUUUAUGUGUCAAAUGGUCAGGUUCUGGACAGCAGGAGCCGUUCACCCUGGAGUCUGUCCUUCCUGACCGACUUCUUCUGGGGUGCAGUCGAGUUCAUCGGCUUGUUCUUCCAGACUCUGGUCCAGCCAGAUCUGUCUAAAGAUGGAAACAACAGCGCGUCGUCUCGCUUCAGUGACGGCAGAGGUCCUCCUGGGUUCCCGGGCCGCCGGCGGAUGGGUAGAAUAAACCACGGCGCAGGUCCCACUCCUCCACCCAUGGGCGGAGGAGGAUGAGGAAGGUAAACGCCUGCACGCUGAUGCAGGCGCUGAGGACAGAGAGAUGCUGCUGAGAGUCUGUGAUGAACAUUAAUGCAGACGCUCUACAGAUCAUCACCGUCCUCUUCACCGGCUGCCAAGUGCUUCACAGCACACUCAUGACGUUACUCUGGGAAUUCCUGCACAGAGGGGCCAGAGUCACUGAUCAUGGCAGCCACACACACACACACACACACUGGCGCUCAGUUAUAUAACUCUUCUCAGUUUUUAUUCUUUAAUGUCUUAAUAAAAGGAAAUGUAAUGCAUAUUCUAUGUACAAUUUGCAUCAAUAAAAUAAGUUAUGUUGAAUUUCGUCCAGAA